CGUUGAUUUCAUUGGCUGUUCCGAAUAAGAGGUGAAAUAGAGCCCGCCUCCUGCACGCCUAGUUUUCUCCCUCACGAACUUACCUGCACGAACUAGAAAGUCCAGUUUCUCAAGCUUAGUCCCAGAAAACCCUGAGAGUCCUGUAGGCAACAUGGACCUGGACAGCAAACGGCUGGUGGUGGUGGUGCCCAACGACGUGAUGGCGCCCUCCCGCAGAGGGCUGAGCAGCGAGGACGAGGCCUGGAGGAGCUACCUGGAGAACCCGCUGACGGCCGCCACCAAGGCCAUGAUGAGCAUCAACGGGGACGAAGACAGCGCCGCGGCACUGGGGCUGCUGUACGACUACUACAAGGUUCCCAGAGAGAGAAGAUGCUCCUCAAGUGGCGUCAAACCCACAGAGCCCUCCUCCAUCGGGCCCGAGAACUGCGGUAGCCUGGAGAUGCUGGAUUACCACCUCCAGGCACUCAGAUCCAUGCCCGUCAACCUCUCCCGAAACAACAACAACAACAACAGCGCUGCAGAACAUCAGGGCUCCAAGUAUGGUGUUGUCAGCCAGGCAGGAGACACCAGAGGAGGAGAGGGUAAUAAAGGAGGAGGAGGAGGAGGUGGAGGGGGGGCGGCUCGGGCUCUGGUCAAGACCGAGGGCCAGGCGUCCAUGGGCGUGUCCUGCUCUGUGGGGGCCUACCGGGAGGAGCCCCGGGAGGAGAUGAGGAUGGCGUACGAGCAGAACCACUACGACUUGUCCCGCGUCGGCUACCUGAAAGACGAACAGAGGGGAACGCCAGGAAGCACGUACGAGGACGCCGGAGACGGAGAGACGUACCACAGGAGUCCGUCCUCAGGAGUUGAUGAAUUCCGUCACAGCCCGCCAACUGGCAGCUUCCAGUACUGUCUGGAGGCCCCCAUGUCUCUGCGGCCAUGGCAGGGAGAAGGACCCAUGGCGUACCUGAACCGGGGCCAGUUCUACGCUCUGACCCUGUCCAAGGCCGGCUUCAGGUCCACCCAGCGUCAGCCCAGAGGCAAAGUGCGGGUGAGUGGGCCGACGCCGCCGCGGGGGCCCGAUGGGCGUCCAUCCGGCGGCUAUGAGCAAUGCACCAUGGGAGGCUCUGAGCUGCAGCGGGACGGUAUUGUGCAGAGCGUCAUCAUGGUCGUCUUCGGGGAGGACAAGUGCAGAGACGAGCAGCUGAAGAAUUGGAAAUACUGGCACUCCCGGCAGCACACGGCCAAACAGAGAGUCCUGGACAUCGCCGACUACAAGGAGAGCUUCAACACCAUCGGCAACGUGGAGGAAAUCGCCUACAACGCCGUCUCCUUCACGUGGGACGUCAGCGAAGAAGCUCAGGUCUUCGUCUCGGCGAACUGUCUGAGCACCGACUUCUCCUCGCAGAAGGGCGUGAAGGGAACGCCGCUGAUCAUCCAGAUCGACACCUACAGCUACAACAGCUGCAGCAGCCGGCCGAUCCACAGGGCCUUCACCCAGAUCAAGGUCUUCUGCGACAAGGGCGCUGAGAGGAAGCUUCGCGAUGAGGAGAAGAAGCAGCUCAGGAAGAAGAUGAAAGGGAAACACGGCAGCUUAGGGCAGACGUCUCCCUGCCAGAAGGCUGAGAACACGCUGUUCAAGAGCAUGGCGGACCUGGACGCCCAGCCGGUCCUCUUCAUUCCCGACGUCUACUUUGGGAACAUGCAGAGAGCCGGGCAGGUUUUUGCUUUCAACACCGAGGAGGGCAACAGAGACGGAAGUGUUCUGGUGAAGAGGAUGUCGUCGUGUGCUGCGGAGGAAGACGUCUGUCCACCUCAACCCAAGAAGUCCAAAGAGGAACUGGAAAGGAAAGUUCUGCUGUAUGUGAGGAAGGAGUGUGACGAAGUGUUUGACGCCUUAAUGCUGCGCACCCCGACCAUGAAGGCAUUGAUGGAGGCAAUCUCAGAGAAAUAUGCAGUACCCAUUGACAAGAUCACCAAAGUUUAUGGAAAAAGCAAAAAAGGGAUCCUGGUGAACAUGGACGACAACGUCAUCCAGCACUACUCCAACGAGGACACCUUCAUCCUGGCCAUCGAGAGCUCGGCAGAAUCUUGGCGCGUCACUCUGUCCGAAAUCUGAGGUUUUCGUUUUUGGCUCGCCAGUCAUCCAUCGUUGGGUAAGGUGGCCAUCCCGGCGGCUGCCACCAGGGGGCAGCAAGAGCGCUAAUUGCUCGCAGUAUGAGACUUGUUCCUCGAGGGGAAGCCACGUUGGAGUCUCUGUUAUCCACCUCACGACCCGACCUGCCGGAGGAGGUUUCGGGCUCGACUGCCAUGUCCAGAUUGAACCACCUGGCUAACUACCCAUGCAGGUCUUGGUCCAACAGAAGAGAGGUCUUUAUCCGGGUCCCCCCUCCCCCCCCAAACAGGAAGCAACCGACCCGGUACACAGCAGUCUUGAUGAAUUAGCAUCAAGCUUCCUCUGAGUCUUUUUGUCCUGUUCGCUCUUCUCGUGGUGGAAGCUUUAAAACAUUUUUUGCUUCAAAGCAACAGUUUUUACGCCGGCACUCAACAUAUCAAAGAGAAUGGAUUCCUGUUUUUUUGUAUGUAUAUAAUUAUUGUUUUAGAUGUGUCUCGUAGAUGACUUUACUCGUAUCGUUCUUGGUUGUCCAACUUUUUGAACGUACUGCUUACUAAAUGAUUCCAGUUGGUGUCAAGUUAUCCCGGAGAGCGAUUAGCUUUAUUAUCCUUCUUUUGCAUCACACUCUACAAUGUACAGUCUUUUAAAUGAGUCAAUAAAUAUAGUUUUAUAAGCAGUCA